UAAAAUCAUACAACCAACACAUCAAUCAAACAACAAUACCGUUGCUUUCAGCUAAGAAGCCCAAGCGACUCAAUCUAAUCACCAUGGAAGCCUGCACUUCAAAUCCCAAGCCUGGUGAGACAUUGGACUAUGUUGUGGGCAGUGAGCUCAUUGCAGAUGUUUGGGAUGCUUGCUGCAAAGCUUAUAAGUGCAGAGAUUUUCAUGAGACCGAAAUUAAAAAGAAUGUUAUUAUUAUUGCGUUCUGUGGUUCUCAAAAGGUAACAGAUUUUAUCACAGAAAAUGACUUCGAUGAAUGCAAAAUAAAUAGUUACAACCAACAUUUUGAGAGCAUGCAUGAUGGUGAUGUUGAAAAUUCAAAGCCAGCCCUGGUGCGCAAAUUGUUUCUGGACAGAUUUCUGUGCAUGAUGCAAAGCUCUAAACUUGGAGAUAAGAUUCAACAAUAUCAGACUGGGAAGAAAACUGAGAAGGUAACUGAGAAGAAAACUGUGAUCUUAGCUGGCCAUUCCUUUGGCGGAGCAAUAGCAUCCCUAUGGACGCUUUGGGCACUAGAGCAACGCUGGGAAAAUUCUCCUCUGUGCAUUACUUUUGGAUGCCCAUUGCUGGGAGACAAAAUAUUUUCCAGAGCAAUUGAACGAGAAAAAUGGUCUCCCUAUUUCUGCCACAUAGUUUCAAGGCAUGACAUUGUCCCCAGACUUUGCUUCUCAUCUUUAAAAUCACUACCCAUCUCCAAAGCCCUGGAUCGCCUAUUGCCCUACUGGAACGAUUCCAUGCAGAAGGGAGAUAACCAGCAGAAAGUCCAAGAUGGAAGCCACGCACUGCCACAAGAGGAUUCUUUGAGUUUUAUAAAACAAGUUAUUGCUGAUACUUCACAAUUAGUGACACAUGAGACCAGAGCGCUCGUUGUGGGAUCUGCUAAUUUAGUUGGAGGUGCUGUGAAAUGCCUAAUCAAAAGGAGUCCUUAUAGGCCAUUUGGUUAUUAUGUCUUCUGUUCUAGCAGUGGCACUGCAUGCUGCAUAGAAAAUACAGAAGCUAUCCUACAGAUGCUAUAUUUUGCUCUGGGGAACAGCAGGCAAUCUGGAGCUUGUAUUAUGGAGCACAUAGAGUAUGGGAAAACAAUUGCACAGAUAUCUAAAAGCUCAAGUCUGAUACCACCAUGUUGGAAGACAGUGAACAAUGAAAUUCCACCAUAUUGGAAGAAAAAUGAAAAUUUCUCAACAGACGAGGUUGCAUUAGCUUUGCAGUUGGAAGCAAUGGGAAUUGGUGUUCAGAAUGUUCAAGCCUGGCUUGGGUUAAAAAUUGUUGAAGAGAAUAAGAAUAAAUUGACUAAAAACAUGGACCAACAAAUUAUAAAAUUGGACGAGAUGCAGAACUACAUGGCUGAGCUGGAAUUGUAUAAAAUAUCAUGUGAAAAGGACGGAUCCCUUGGCUACUAUGAUUUCUUCAAGAUGAAUUGGACUAAAGAAUUGCCAAAUGAUCUCCCCAAUGACGUCAAGUGGAUCAAUGCAAAUAAAAACAGGUUCAAACUUGCUGCAUUCUGGGAUGGUAUAUGUGAAUUAAUGGAGAAAGAAGAAUUGCCAAAUGAUCUCCCCAAUCGAGUGAAGUGGAUCAAUGCAGGGACUGAAUACAGAUUGCUUGUAGAGCCUCUUGAUAUUGCACAUUAUUAUCGCCUUGGUAAGCAUGAAGAUUCUGGGCAUUAUAUUGCUCAUGGCAGACCUAGACGCUAUAAGCUUCUUCAGAAAUGGUUGGAGGACAAGGAGAAAAAAGGGGAAAUGCAAUCAAAGAAACGAAUCCAACCAGCUAUAUUUACACAGGAUUCAUGCUUUUGGGCUCGUGUUGAAGAAGUUCAUUCUAAAACUGAUGAAGAAAAAACAUGCUUCACCGAACAACUGAAGCAAAAGAUGGCUGAUUGUGAGCUUUCCAAAGAUGUUUUCCUUGAUGAUAACACCUUCAUGAGAUGGUGGAAGAGCUAUCCGAAUCUAUCAGCCCAAGAGAAGCAAAGCUUUUCUUAUAAGUAUCCUGUUAUGCUUCUACCAUCAGCUGAGGGUUAGUGAAAAAAGGAUAUCUUCUGUUCCUAUGAAUAAUUUAUUCUCUCGCAGUAACAUAGGAAUUGAUUCAUAUGUUUUAUAUUAAAUAUAGAUUGCAAGCUGCAGUCUCAUGGACUCAUUGCAGAGAUUUCUCUA